GUUUUUUUGCCAGCGUCACUGGAAUAUUGGAGAGCCUUACAGCACAGCAGGCAGCAGGCCAAAUGGACGCUGUGCAUUGCAAAAGGGAUGAUCUGUCUUGGGUGCGCUACGCUUUGCCGAUGUAAACAGCUGCCUCCGCAUCCUGGACAAGAAGACUAUGUUGCAGCUGGCCGCGUGACGACCCAAUCCCAAGAGCGGACCAGCGCACGAAGACGAUGGCAGAUGAAACAACGCUGAGAGCUGAUGCAAAAGGCAAAGGGAGUGUAAACGGUGGUGAGGAGAGCUCUACAUGGGUUAAAGGAGAAAGAAUCGAAAGUGAGGUUCAAGUCAGCAGCUGGAGACUUGAUACCUCUACAGAAAUGGAGCCUGGGGAGACAAGCAGAGACACCAAGGCUAAGCUGCCUAGAGAGCGUGACGCCUCCGCUGCCCCUCUUUUCUCUUUGAAAAUGUACCUAAGGAGAUCCUCCUCUGCAGAAACGUACAGCACAGACUCUCUUUCCUCCUCGCAGCAAAGCAACCCAGGAGUUGACUGUGCAGGAAUUGUCUUGAACUGUCUCUUCUGUCGGUUCUACGAUAUGAUCCACAUGCUACCUGACUCCUGCAAGGGACUCGCCAAUCACUGUUGCCCCAGCUACAAACACGUCAUUACCACAGCGGAGUCUGCAUCCAGCAGUGAUGAUGACUCAUACAUAGAUUUGGAUUGUGGUGUGUUUGGGUCCUGUCAUGAUGCAAGUGACUGCCUGGAGCUGGCUAUGGAGGUUUCGGAAAUUUGUUAUCACUAGUAGGAAACUCAUAAUAUUCACCAGUAAAAGCAGAAACUUACCAUUAAACAUGUGACGGUUCAGUGUGACGUGGAGGAUUUCUAAGGGCUAAAACACAAAUAAAUACCAGUGUGAUAUUACAAUGAUAAUAAACAUGCAUUAUUUAUCUGUGUAUGCUUGUGUUUAUGUCUCCUAAAUAUAUGACAAGACCUGUGUACAAUGGAGACUGCCUGUUCCACUUCUUUAAAUAUUUAAGUAUUAGAUAAGGUCUACUAUCCAGUCAGGUACAUAAGUACUUGGGCAAAGAUAUAAUUUUUGACAUUUUACCUCUUUACACUACUACAGUGGAUUUAAAUAGAAAAAAGGCAGACUUUCACCUUUAUUUCAUUUUAUUUAACAAUAGUACUUCAAUAACUCUUCAGCAAUUACAUCCUUUUUUCUUUCUUAGUGUCCUGUUUUCCAAUUCUGAGAAAAAACGGAAGCAGAUGCUUGAUUUUAUGCACCUGUGACAGUGGAAGUGACUGGAACACUUGAAUAUAAUGAUUGGCAUGGUUCAACUAUUUAGCUAAACCACAUUAUUAUUAUUAAUAUUAUUAUUUUUGAACUCUUCUUGCCAGUUGUUAUAAAACCUUACAUUAUAACAGUAAAAAUCACCACCUACUCUAGAUACUGUGUGAGUGAAUGCCUUAACAGUAAUUUAGUGUUCUGCAUUUCAGUUUUACAGUAUAUUCACUAUGCAGCAAGACAGCAGCGGCAUCACAAACAAUUCAACGGCCUUGAGGCCAGCAAAUUCCACUGCAGCUGUGUUGAUACACACUCUAACACACCAACAGGCACUCCAACUUCAACACGAUAGUCUUUCUGAAGUAUGGAAAAAAAAAAUCUUGAAGCCUGUCCCCUGUUGAGCGUGCCUAUUUCAGUUCAAGUGCCACUGGAAACACAGGAGCUGUUAGAUAUGGCAUUUGUAGAACACUUGUCCUUGUCACUCCCCUCAACCUCUGUUCUCAAAGACAGUUCUCUCAAGUGGUAGAUUACUGUUUGGAUCUCUUCAGUCUGAAAUAUGUCCUUGUCACAUUAUGGGAAAUGGACACAGGAGCAACGCUGCUAUGCCAGUGAGAACGGUAUACAGGACAACAUUGUUCUUAAGCAUCAUCUAAGCAUCAUCAUCUAUCCCGGAGAGGUCAGCGUGAGUGCACGGAGACAACACCGUGUUACUGGAUUAUGUUCAAUUACUGCACCAAACAUUUGUUUUCUCCCAUUACAUAUAAAGACAGAGUAAUCUCACUCUGCUAACGAGAAGACCAUUGUAGAGCACUCCUGUUUUGCUGCUGCACACCAUGGUAAUGGUACUAUAUUGGUACAGUGCUGAGACUGAAUCUUUGAAAGACCUUUCAUUGUCAUGUUUGCAGUUGUUGCACCCUGAUCACUGUACAGAACGUGUCCCAGAAGUCAACUUCAGACAGUGUUUAUGAGUCUAAACAUCAUAGCUGAAGGACAGAGUCAUGUACCAGGUAAUGUCUUAGUCAGCUAACCAUACAGUAUUAAAGCUGCUUGGUUACGGCUUCAUGGCAAUUUUUCUUUGUAUCAAUUUCACUUGAAUAUUUUUUUUGUUCCCAAAGUGAUUUUUUUGUACAACUUACGUUAAUGAAAACAUGUUUGAACUUAAUAAAGUUGUUGAUGUAAAUGGUCAAAAUAACCAUGACUUGUAAACUGUAAAGUUAAUUGUACAGUUGCAGCCCGUUCUCACUCCCGAGGCGUAAUAUGCUGAUGGUUUGUCAAGUCCCGAGGCCUUCCUGAGGAACGCGAAAGGUCACCUUUUGCGUUCUUAUGCUACGUGCCGGGUUAUGGAUGAAAUCCAGUAGAAUAACGCUCCCACGGUAAUACAUGUUCGAGCCAUGUAUUCCAGCCCUAACCGGAACC